UCUGCACUAGCUGUAAACCCUGCAAAUACAAAUCGGCAAUAUUUACACUUUUCGUCUUUCUCUUUCUAUCGCGCAGCUGCACAUUGCUUUUGGGACGAAGCUAACUUGGAAAUAUAUCCAACGAGACUAUACAAAGUCUCUCCUGCACAACUGAUAUCCGUUUAUAUCAUCAAUGAAGGCUCUGAUGUUACUGAGAUAUAUGUGCCAUCAAACUACAAGGACCGCGUUGGCUAUUAUGAGGAUGAUCUGGCAAUCGUUAGACUGGUGCAGCAAUUCAAAUUUAGCGAUACAAUUAAGCCAAUAUGUUUUGAAUACAAAAGGCUGGCCGCUGCAAGCAUAGAAACUGGAGAAUUGGGUUUCAUUGUCGGUUGGGGGCCCACAGCGACCAGCGCCGAUGUCGAUGUAUUUCAAAAGGUAGAUGUGAAUACCGUGUCCUACCACACUUGCCGCGAUAGACUAACGUUCAAUGAUAAACCGUACGAUUUGCCGAGCGAUAAAUUUUGCGUACAACGCGUUACAAAAACGGGCGACAUUUGUCGAGGAGAUAGCGGUGGCGGUUUUGUUAAGUACGAUUCGCGUACUGGAAAGCAUUAUCUGAUAGGUGUGAUCAGUCACGCGCCACUAAAGCAAAAUGACUGUGGCAGGGAUGGCCUGGUGGCGAUGACAAAUGUACAAACCAAUUUCAAAAUAAGCGAAUAUAUAGAUGAGGAUCAAGAUCCAAUAGUGUUUGUAUAAGGAAAUGCAUCAGAAGUGAUGAUGAGCUAGCGAAUAAUUAUACAUAAAUACCUAAGAUAAAUGCAAUUUAAAAAUAUAAGUGAUUAUUGUAAUGUGUAGGUAUGUAUAAGUUUUUUAUACUCAGCGAAUAAUUUAUUGUGAUAUUAAGAAAAUUUUUAAUUGGUGCAUCUGUUUUUAUUAAUAAACUCGAAAAUAUUUUUGUUUGGCAUACAUUUCUUGAUGGCA